AUGACAGAGGAAGAGGUUAAAAUGGAGAUUAGAAAAUGCCUCACUUCUACCUAUGCGUCUAAUAUCCACGGUGUGAUUGUAGUAAUCAACCCUACUCUUGUUGGAAAGAGUCAAAAAGAUGUUGUAGCAAAGUUUGUCAAAGAGAAUCUACCAAGCUUUAUUGCCAAUAAUAUGUUUGUCGUAUUUUCAAAUGCGCUAGAUAGCAACGUUGAAGUGGCUGAUAUUGGGUUCCCAUCAUCACAAAGUGUUUGCAUGAACAACAAAUUCUUUUCGAACCCUGCGGGAUCAUACGAUACAAAUGCUAUGGUCAGUGCAUUUGAAAUCAUUGGUGCACAGAUAUUAUGGCCUACUCUUGCCGAGAUGACCAUCCCUGGUCAUUUAUCACAACAAAGGUCACUUGAACCAAUCACCAAAAGCUCUCAUGCAACCAUCAGAAAUCAACAAAGACUUGCAAAAGGGAUGGCUCUAUUAAAUGUUAGCUCUCAGGAGCAAAAUUGUUUGGUCAUUUGUGAUGACAAUUUGUCAAUGUCGACCGUCCACUCUACCCUCCAAAAAGACCAUCAAGGAAUAGUAUUCAAUGUAGUGUGUCUAUUUGCAUUCAAUCUCAUCGACUUUGAUUUGGAUGGUUUUGUCAUUCCUUGUAACAAUCUAAUCAUCAUGUCUCCAAACCACAAAACCAAAAGUAACUCUAUUGGUUCAAUGUACUACAUGUCUGACGACGACAAGUCUAUAUACUGUCGAAUCGAUCCAAAUUUUUCGCAAGACAAGAAUCAAAAACCAUGUUUUACAUUACAACUGCCUACACUCAAACCAGAGGAAAAGUUGGUUUACAUUCAAAAUUAUUGUAGAGAAGCUAAAAAGUCAAUCACCAAUAUAAACAAUCCAACAACAACUCAAAAAUUCAACAACAAUCUAUUUUUGUAUCAAGAUGUUUUGGAACACUUUACCAUCACUCAAUUGAUCGAGCAAUAUACCUUUAUAGGUCAGUAUUGUUUGGUAGAUAGUGACCCAGCUUUGGUCAUUGAAUCAUACAAAUCGUACUAUGAUAUGGUAUGUUUGUAUGCUCAAACAAAAAAACUAUCACUCUACUCGGAUCCAACCAUUUCAUUGCUGCUGUCGAUCACUCUAAGUAAAAUCAACAUGCUUAUGAAACUGACCAACUCUUCGACACCUGUCAAUGACAUUGAAAAGUAUUUUUCAGUGAUUACAUCAGACAUUGAAAGAUUGAUGAAGGGUGAGCACCAAUCACUCGUCUAUUACUACAAAAAUGAAUAUGAACAACAAAUCAAAUUAAAAGUAAAUCGUAGUGACACCAUCCUAUUCAACCUCAACAAAGAUAUCAAAUCAUGUGAUGUUGCACUCAAAAGAACUUUUAAUGACAUUGAAAUGGAGUUUAAAUCAAUGAUCUCAAAAAACACUAAAAUUAUUGGAGCAGCUAAAAUGACAUCUAUAGCUGGUUUGAUCAAGAACAGUUUAUGUGGUGUUGGAUUAGAGUUGUUUAUCAUAUUCUGUUCCUGGGCCAUACCUUAUGGUGGUUUAGGAAUUGGAGCCUUGAGAAAAAUUGCCAGCUUUAUUCAAACACCUGAUGCCCCCACUUUUAAUUUGAUGUGGGAAUCAAUGGGCAUGGUAUACGCGAAAAGAAAAGAAGAUGGUGAAGAAAAAAAACUAGAAGAUGUCAACCAAGCAUUGAAAGAAAUCGCUCCACUCGUUCAACAGACCAAGACUACAUGGGACGAGCAGCAAAAGGAUAUCGAGGCAUUACAAAAACUCAACGAGGCUCUUUCUCUAUCAAUCGAACAAUCACUUCCCAUAUUGAGGGAUUAUCUCAACAAAAAUCUACUUGCUUUGGCCAACCAACAGGAAACUUUUGCCAAAAUUAGUCAUGCUGAGAGAAAGUACCAAGUCAUCACUAUUGGAAAUGACUACAAAAAAGUCAUGAAAGAAAUAUCCAAAGUUUCCGAAAUCAUCAAAUUAUCCAAGAAUGGCUUGGAACCAUUUAUCAACAUCCUCCAAGACAUUAAACAAUAUAUCAGAAUUUCGAUGGAAAUUAAUGAUAAAACCGAAGAAUACAAGGAUCAUAUUCAAAUGGUUAAUUUCAUGGCCAAUGUUAUCAACCCGUCGAGUGACCAAGUUAAUUCAUCACACUCUUACAUUCAACUCUUAUCAAUAGAGACUAGACUCAACAUGGUUCUAGAACUUUUGGAAAGUGAUAUUCAUGUUAUCAAUUCAUUCAUCAAACAAGGUGUCAGUAGAAUCAGAUCAAAUAUCACCGAUAACAUUAGAAAACAUCAAUUCACAGUAUACGACCCAUACUAUCGUUGGGAUAAAACUCAUCCACAUUUUAAAGAGUCAAUGAUCAAUCUUUUCAAAGGUGAUCCUAUCAAUAUGUACUCCAGUAUCGAUCGCUCUCAAUAUUCAUCGACCAAACUUAAAACUGUCCAACUUGUCAUCUCUCACAAAUCAAAUGCGCAACUAUCCAAAGCCAUUCAAUCGUCAUUGUCAAGUUCCAAAGUAUCAUUCUCAUUGAAACAUUCUGGUGAUUCAUAUUACAAGUUUGACAAUAAUCUAUACCUAGUGUCAAAUGAACCGUGUACUUUUAAAUACUGUCUCUCAUCGGAUAAUCAAAUGAUAUCGUUAAAUGCCACUGCAGAGAGACUUGGUCAAAGUGAACCACUCCUAUCACCAUACACAAAUUGGACAUUUAAACUGACCAAUCUACCAACACUCGAGAAAAUCACCAACCUUUUAUCUGUUGUGGAUAAUGAUUUUUCAGAAUUGGAAUUAUUAUUAAUUGGUAAUGGUCAAUAUGUUGAUGAUCAUGAUUAUCAAUACACUAAAUCUGAUUUUAAUACUUUAUAUGGUAAUUGUUUAAUUUAA